GCGGACGCGCGCGCCCGGCCAGCACUCAAUUUAAAAAUAAAACAUUAUCAUAUUUUUUCGGCCAGCAACGUUAGCUACCGAAAAGUAACCUGACUUUUUCUUUUUUUUUGGGUAAAACCUCGUUUUUGGAUGUGACGUUUUGUGAAAUGUUUAUUUUUAGUCCGUUACUAGUGUUGGGACCUGAGAAUGUGCGGUGACAAAUAGCCUCGGUAUUGUUCAGCCUAUGGACACUUUUUUAAUGGCCAGUGAUUAAGUGUUAGUGAUGAAACGUAGAAAGUGAUUGUCUUUGGAUUUUGGGACUCGCAAUUCGAAUAGCUAAAAAUGGCAGAGCAGCCAGCGGGAGCGACCACCCCGGGCGCCGACAGCGUUGCGGACCCAUCGGCUGCGCCCGCGCCACGCAAGACCGCCCGCCCGCGAGGCAAGCCGCAGCCCGAGAGGCCUAAGCGGAGUCUCUUGUGCCUUGGCCUGAAGAACCCUUUGAGGAAGCUCUGCUAUGAUAUUGUGGAGUGGAAACCGUUCGAAUACAUGAUAUUAACAACAAUAUUCGCCAAUUGUAUAGCGCUAGCAGUAUUCACUCCAUAUCCGUCCGGGGACACGAACAAUACUAAUCAAAUAUUGGAAAAAGUAGAAUGGAUAUUCAUGGUGAUUUUUACGGGAGAAUGUAUAAUGAAGAUUAUAGCGUACGGCUUUCUGUUCCACCCUGGUGCCUACUUGAGGAACUCGUGGAAUAGUUUAGAUUUUACUAUAGUCACUAUAGGUAUAGUCAGUAUGAUACUGCAGUAUAUAUCAAAAGACUCGUUCGACGUGAAAGCUCUGAGAGCUUUUAGAGUAUUGAGACCACUCCGGCUUGUGUCUGGCGUGCCAAGUCUCCAAAUCGUGUUGAACUCAAUCCUGAAGGCGAUGGUGCCUCUAUUCCACAUAGCCUUCUUGGUGCUCUUCGUCAUCAUCAUCUACGCCAUUAUCGGUCUGGAGUUGUUCUCUGGAGUCCUUCACGAGACUUGUUAUAUCAAUAAUACUAAUGACAUGGUUGAUGGGGCUACCCCAUGCAAUAAAGACGGGGAUGUGGGUUACAAAUGUUCCGAGGAUGAGAUCUGCAGGGGUCCGUGGAAAGGAAUCAACUACGGUAUUACAAAUUUUGACCACAUAGGGUACUCUAUGUUGACCGUUUUUCAAUGCAUUACCCUUGAAGGGUGGACUGAUAUUAUGUACGCUAUAGCUGACGUAAAAGGGAACACAUGGGCGUGGAUCUACUUUGUGACGUUGGUUAUCUUUGGAAAUUUCUUCGUCAUGAAUCUAAUUCUUGGUGUGUUAUCUGGAGAGUUCUCAAAAGAGAGAGAGAAGGCGAAAAACCGCGGUGAUUUCCAAAAAUCUAGAGAAAGGCAACAAUUUGAAGAAGACUUAAAAGGAUAUUUAAAUUGGAUAACUGUAGCUGAAGAGUUAGACCUAGAAAACGAUCAAACUCAGAAAGAGGACGAUCAGGAUUCGCAAGGUAAAAAAGACAGAAAUAGCAACGAAGGAUCUCAAAAUAAUGUUAAUAUGAACGGCGAUCAACAGUACAAUCAGUCUACAACGUGCAAAAUGUAUUGCAGAAGGUUUGACAAGGUAAACAGAAGAAUGAGAAGAACUUGCAGAAAAGCAGUAAAAUCACAAGGAUGUUAUUGGGCAAUCAUUGUUUUAGUAUUUCUCAACACUUUGGUUCUGGCAACGGAGCAUUAUAACCAACCGAAGUGGCUAGAUCAGUUUCAAAACAUAGCAAAUUAUAUUUUCGUGGUGCUAUUCACUAUGGAGAUGUUGGUCAAAAUGUACGCUUUGGGAUUUCAAGGUUACUUCGUCUCCUUGUUCAACCGCUUCGAUUGCUUCGUCAUGAUCUGUUCGAUCCUCGAGCUGGCUCUCACCAUCACGGACACCAUCCCACAGCUGGGCAUCUCUGUGUUGCGUUGUGUCCGAUUGCUGCGAGUCUUCAAGGUCACUAAGUACUGGCGCUCUCUCUCCAAUCUGGUAGCGUCUCUUCUCAACUCGAUCCAGUCCAUCUUCUCCCUCCUUCUGCUUCUGUUCUUGUUCAUCAUGAUCUUCGCACUGCUCGGCAUGCAGGUGUUUGGAGGUCGUUUCGAUUACGAGGCAGAGGUGCAGAAAGAAAGGCACAACUUCGACUCUUUCUGGCAGGCUGUGCUGACGAUGUUUCAGAUCCUCACCGGUGAAGAUUGGAACGUGGUCAUGUACCAUGGCAUCAAUGCUUACGGCGGAGCAGGUACACCUGGCAUGCUCGCUUCUAUCUACUUCAUCGUCAUAUUCAUCUGUGGUAACUAUAUUCUGCUGAACGUGUUCUUGGCUAUCGCUGUGGACAAUCUAGGAGAUGCCGAAGAAAUGGAUGAAAUCGAGAAAGCUAAAGAAGAUGCUGAUAAUCCCGAAGCUGGAAACCCUCAGCUUGACGAGGAGAGAGGCGAAACUGACGACGAGUACGUCAAUGAAGAAGAGGGAUAUUCUAGCGAAGGGUCAGACCACGAAUACGAAGAGACGGGUUCAGAAGAAGACGCAGAAGAACAGGAACAAGAAGAGAGAGACAACGCAAACGAUGCACUGGUCGCUACUGAGAAAUUGCAAAAUGGUGACGUUAAAAAAGAUGAGAACCAAGAGAAACGGCCAGCAGGAAUCUCGGCGAGGCCUCGGAGGCUGUCGGAGGUGGAGAUCAAGUCGCAGGAGAAGCCUAUACCGGACGGCAGUAGUUUCUUUAUAUUCUCCAAAACUAAUUGGUUCCGAGUCUCCUGCUACAAGAUCCAAAACAACGCGUGGUUCAAGAACUUGAUCUUGCUGUGCAUCCUGGCCUCUUCCCUCAUGUUGGCCAUGGAGGAUCCUGUCGGAGGGAAGGCUAACGAGGAUAAGGCUAAUAUCCUCAAAAAGAUAGACUACUUCUUCACCGCGGUGUUCACCAUCGAGCUGCUGCUCAAACUCAUCACCUACGGGUUCAUCCUUCACAAGGACGCGUUCUGUCGGUCCGCCUUCAACCUACUAGACUUGUUGGUCGUGAUCGUUUCGCUUAUUUCUUUGGAUGGGUCUAACCAAGUAUCGUUUAUAAAAAUUUUGAGAGUAUUCAGAGUGCUCAGACCUCUAAGGGCCAUCAACAGAGCAAAAGGAUUGAAGCACGUAGUACAAUGCGUGAUUGUUGCGAUAAAAACCAUCGGCAACAUUUUGUUGGUGACAAAUCUUCUGCAAUUCAUGUUUGCCGUCAUGGGGGUGCAAAUGUUCAAGGGUAAAUUCUUUACAUGUAAUGACAUAACCAAAGUCACGUUUGAAGAAUGUCGAGGCUCAUACCUUGUUUAUAAUAAUGGUAAGCCAGAAAUCGAAAACAGAGUGUGGACGAAGAAUAAGUUCAACUUUGACGAUGUUCUCAGCGGUAUGCUGACUCUGUUCACUGUGUCGACAUUUGAGGGAUGGCCCAAUUUGCUAUCUACAUCAAUGGAUUCCAACGAAGAAAAUCAUGGACCAAUUGAAAAUUCCAGACCUCUUGUUGCAUUUUUCUAUAUCAGUUACAUUAUUGUUAUAGCUUUCUUCAUGGUGAAUAUCUUCGUAGGUUUCGUCAUAGUGACAUUCCAAAAAGAGGGUGAACAGGAGUUCAAAGAUUGUGAAUUGGAUAAGAAUCAAAGAAAUUGUAUUGAAUUUGCUUUGAAAGCAAAACCUAUAAGGAGGUACAUUCCAAAACAUCGCAUCCAGUACAAGACAUGGUGGUUUGUGACGUCACAGAAGUUUGAAUAUUUCAUAUUCUUCUUUAUCGUGCUAAAUACUGUCGCCCUUAUGAUGAAGUUCCACGGAGCUACUCCUGAAUACAAAAAAUAUCUAGAUUUUCUGAAUAUGAUCCUGACCACAGUUUUCAUGCUCGAAUUUGUUUUUAAACUGGCAGCUUUCCGAUUUAAGAAUUACUUUGGUGACGCUUGGAAUACAACUGAUUUUAUUUUGGUGGUCGGUAGUAUAAUAGACAUCGUUGUAACUCAAGUGAAUGAAAAUAAACCGCCUGUUUUUUUUGAUGAACUAUCCAGCACUAAAAAGAAAUUGGACGAGGGAACUCUAUUGAAAUACAUCACGUUCUUUCGUUUGUUCCGAGCCAUGCGUUUGAUAAAACUACUAUCAAGAGGAGAGAGAAUCAGGACUUUACUGUGGACUUUCAUCAAAUCAUUUCAGGCCCUUCCAUAUGUAGCGCUGUUGAUUGUGCUACUGUUUUUCAUUUACGCUGUGGUUGGAAUGCAGUUAUUCGGUAAAAUAGAGCUUGAUAACGAGGUGAUCACCAGGCAUAACAAUUUCCAAACAUUCGGAAGUGCUCUCAUGGUACUGUUCAGAUCUGCUACAGGUGAAGCAUGGCAAGAGAUAAUGAUGGCCUUAUCAAAUAACACGAUGGAGAGACCUGGAGAGCCUCCAGGCUGUAUCGUCCCUGAUAACGAUGUUCCCAACCCUGAUGAACCUUCAGAGUGCGGAACUUGGAUGGCUUUCCCUUACUUUAUCUCUUUCUCUUUGCUUUGUACAUUCUUGAUCAUCAACUUAUUCGUGGCCGUUAUCAUGGACAACUUCGACUAUCUUACAAGGGAUUGGUCUAUAUUGGGACCCCACCACCUCGAUGAGUUUGUUAGGCUUUGGAGUGAAUAUGACCCGGACGCCAAAGGACGUAUCAAGCAUUUGGACGUAGUGACGUUACUUAGAAAGAUAAGUCCACCGCUAGGUUUUGGAAAACUCUGCCCCCAUCGGACGGCGUGCAAGCGUCUCGUGUCAAUGAACAUGCCUUUAAACUCAGAUGGUACAGUCAACUUUAACGCCACACUGUUCGCUGUUGUGAGGACGCAAUUGCAAAUUAAGACGACAGGAGUCAUCGACGAAUGUAAUACCGAACUCCGAGCCAUCAUAAAGAAAGUUUGGAAGAGAACAUCGCCAAAGCUCUUAGACCAAGUAGUUCCUCCACCAGGAGAUCCCAAUGAGAUCACGGUGGGCAAGUUCUACGCCACGUUCUUGAUCCAAGAUUACUUUAGAAGGAACCAUGCGUUCCGGAAGCGGAAGGAACAGGCGGCUGCAGGUGCUGCAGUGUCAGUUCAGAAGACUCUGCAAGCUGGUCUGCGGACUCUUUGCGAUGCUGGACCGGAACUAAAAAGAGCGAUAUCAGGGAAUCUGGACGAAGUGGUCGCGGAGACUGUCGAACCUAUGCAUAGGCGUAAUCAUACAUUAUUUGGAGCUGUCUGGACCAGUAUAAAGAAACACGGCCGGGAGAGUUUCUACGGCAAAGUUGAUAAGAAAGGAGCACAGCCUUCUGUUAAACUCAAAAUGCCAGCAAAUAAACAAGAAAGUUCAUCAUUAAGUUCCAUGAUGCGAAGAGAACUUGGUAUGGAUGGUAAAAUACCAGAGGAAGAAAUAAAACUUGACGAUGGUAACCAUAGUGACGAGGAAAUAGCCAUGCAGCCUCUUCUCCACGGAAAGGACUCUGAACGGAUAUUCAGAGCAAUAGAAAAAACAUCGAACGAUUUAGUGCAGAUGAAAAACAACUCUCGUGACAGUGCAAGGAAACAGAACAACAACGUGCCUUAUUGUGUAGAGAAUCCCGCGGAGAAUCUUAUUUCACGGGUACUAACGGAGCAGGGGUUAGGCAAGUACUGCGACAGAGAGUUCAUCCAGAGUACCUCGCGUGAGAUGCAGGAGGCGCUCGACCUCACGCAGGAAGAGAUGGACACCGCUGCCAAUCAAAUAAUUUUACAAGAAAGAAAAAUGAGUGCGGCUCAAAACGCGCACAACAACGUGGAGAGCAUCUUCGCCAGGCAGUACCAUCCGUUCCACCAGCCCCCCAUGCAGCCUCCGCCUCGAAAGAAAUAACAGAAGCCUCUAUUUUUUGGAUUCCCACUUUUUACUUGCACCGGCUGACUGCCGUGUAAGUUUGGAACCCUGAAGGGUUUGGUCAGCUGGCCGUGAGCCAGCUCAGAUUGACUCGUGUUAGUGAGAGGAAGAAUUUUUGACGAAUUUUGUACAUAAACCGCUUAGCUUUUGGAUAAUGAUUAGAAUAAUAUUUAAUAUAAAUCGUAAUUGUAAGUGGACCGAAAGAUGUAGGUUACAUUUUGUUUUAACUCCCUUCCAUCUAUCGUUUUAUUGUAUGGUGAUUUUAGAAUGGAAAUAUAUUUUGUAUUAUUAUGUACUCGAGUACAUUGUAUAAUAUUAACUAUUUAUUACUCGGAUUGCAUUUUACUCAUAGGAUCAAUUUGAUCAUUAUUAUCUAUUUGAAGUGUAUAUUUGAAUAUUUUAAAUCACAAAGUAUUUUAUUAAUAAUACAGAUGGGUUAUUAUAUCACACAAAUAUAUUUAUACCACACAAAUCACAAUACUACGUAUGUAGAUAUGUGCCUUAUUUAUUCAAAUAUAUAUGCCAAAAUUGUAUAUUGAAAAAUGUGCCAAAAUGUUUGCCUUAUAAAAUAUAUUUAGCUGAAUAAUUUAAACAUGAGAAGCACAUUAUUUAUUAAACCUUGGUUCAGAUAUUAUA